GCUGCGACGCGUCCUCCGUGUCUGUCCGUCGGUCAGCCCAGCCGCCGGUCGCUGCGAGCUGCAUGUGCAUCUUAAUCGCAACCCAAGUGUCACUGGUCGUCGAUGACAUCGCCACUUUGUGCCGGCUAUGGGCUUUAAUUGCGGGGCCUAUAUCGGAGCUUGGACUGUUUUCGUGAUAGUGUACCUCAACAUAACCGUUGCCGCCGUCGAGUUCAGCCUACUGGCGGAUCUCGGGAUAGACUCGCUUCCUGAUAAACAGAAGAUAAACAUAAGUUUAGAAGAAUAUACGAGUGUGAUAACAACAUAUCUCCAACUAAAAGACGACACUUUUGAAGAAGUUCCAGAACUGAGAGUAUAUAGACUUGAUAAUUUACGCCAACAAGAUACAUCAAAGCAUCCACUAAAGAUGGUAUUUCCCAUAAGUAUAUCGACUGAACAAGUAGAAAGUGCUUCUGUGCGUCUGCUGCUUCCUCCACAACAGAACGACUCGUCAACGAUCACAGUGCGAUUGAACCAAAUCCUCGGAACCCGCAGGAGACGAUUCCUGCAAGACAAAGAACUGUAUUUGUCUUCCCGCUCGCCCAAAUGGUGCGAUUUCGACGUAACACCAGCUGUCCAUUCAUGGAUAAACGGUCAAAGGAACCUAGGUUUAGAAUUAGUGUGUUUGGGAUGCCGAAACAACCUGAAUCCUCAGCAGGCAGCUAUCACCGCGAUGAUCCACACCGCGCAGAAGAGAGCCAAGAGGUCUUUGGAGAAUUCCGUGAAAAGGAUAUCGGACUGUAGUACCAGGCACAGAAAAGGAAAGAAGAACAAGUGCUGCAGGCACGAGAUGAACGUGACUUUCAAAGACCUGCCCUUUCCACAGCUGGAGAACAUCGUCGAGCCAAAAUCGUACGAGGCAGGUUUCUGCCAGGGUUUGUGUCCCGCGCAGUCCAACAAUUUCGCUACGAACCACUCGAGAAUCCAAGGCAUGAUGCACCAAAUCAAGAAGAACCAGGUCAAGGUGGAUAACAAAAAAAACACUAUACCAAAAACGUGUUGUGCACCGUCGAAGUUGGCCGACUUGCAAAUAGUUAUGGUUAACAAAGAUAAUCCCAUGAAACUGACCGUACAGACAUGGGAGAAAAUGCAAGUCGUAGAAUGUGCGUGUUCCUAAAAUAGAUAAGUUUUCUAGCCAAAGACAUGUUGUAGGUGUUAUUUUUAUAUACGGGUCGUCACUGAGCAUUUCUUCUUUAUUUUUUUUUAUUUUAUUUAUUAUUUUUGUUCUCUCUUUUUUAAUUUAGACUCCACAUUUACUUAAGAUAUUUGAGACAAGGAAAACAAACGGUGUUGGGCUUAAGAUUAGGCUGCUUGUUAUAUCAUCAAAUCUAUUUUAAUUGUAAAUUCAUUAAAAAAUUGUCAUCAAUUUUAAAUUAUUCUUGGAUAUUUGGCAUAAACUUUACAUAAACAAAGCAUAGCCGAGCUGAAUAUAGAGAAUAAAACUUAUAUUUUCUUUUUAUAAAAUAUCACUCGAGAUUGAGUUAAUCCAAUUAUAAGCGAAGUCUAUGUAUAUGAUUCCUGCCAAGAAACCACAAAUACAAAUAAAUUCAGUAAGUGUAUGCAUAUAGUAUACUGAAUUUUUGUGGAAUGUUGAAGUAAAUAAUUAGCAGACUAGUUUACAAAGUUAACACUGGAUUGGAACAUUAAAAGGGAAAUCUAUAAUUCUUUUUGUCUUCUUGAAUAAUCUUCAAGAAGUAUUUAUUUGCAUUAGAAAAAAUUUGAGUAUACAAAUUUAAUAAUAGUUUAUUUUCCUUUAAUUUAAACUCUGUUUCCUUCAAAAAUUGCACAGAUUUAGCCACAGUUACAUCACACAGGGUCUUUAUUGAAAUAUCCUCCCUUUUUCUCUAAUACGUAAUUGACGAUAAAAUGAUUGAAAUAACCGAAGACACCUAUAAAUAAACAUUUCUAAUUUAUUGUCUAAAGGAAUUUUGACCUAACAUUUUGUUUAUAUGUUUUUCACUGAAUGACUGAUUACUCAGACGAACAAAAGAGCGAAUAUCUCAGCUAUUAAUAAAAAUUUUCAAAUAAAAUCCACACUUUUCGUUAUACUAUUUUUAAAAAUAAUUUGUGGACAGGUUAUUUAGUUUGGGUGCUAUAUAUAUACUGUAUACAUAUAAGUAACUUCUGGUAUGCAAAUAAUAAUAAAAAUAUUUACGAAGAUUUCAUUUAUAGUGUUCUAGUCUAAUGGCGCGCUCAUACGACUCGUGUACUUAACAAACAUUUGUUAUUGGUAUGCAUGUUAUACAGGGUACGUCGGACAUUUAUACAGAAUUUCUAAGUUAUAUUCAUUUAGGAGCUACGCCGCACUUUCGCCAGACACUGUAUGUCAAUCAAAAAGUUUGCCAAGUACACGAGUCGUCAGAGUCCGCCUUAACACGAAUUAAUUUAUUAAAUAUUUGACCAGUAUUAGAAAUAAUAAUUAACAGAUAACAAUUGUUAGUGUUCUAGUGUAAUACGUGAAUCAUAUUAAUAUAAAUAAUUUUGAUAAACUCGCAAAUGCCAUUUUUACUUGCCCAGUAGAAUUUUAGGUUUGCAUAGGUACUCACUUUAUCGAUACUAUUAUGUAGUCGUAAAAAAAUAUUAUUUUUUUUUCGCGAUAGUACCGUAUGAUUGAAUA